GCGAAGCGAAAGUGAAAGUGAUUCACUUUCUCCCGCUUCCAGCCCAAGCGGAGCCCAGUCGGGCCACGGGAGUUUGUUUGUUUGUUCUUUUGCAGGGUGUGUGUGUGUGUGUGUGACUUGUGUUUGUGCGUGGGGGGCUGUUUGUGCAUCCUGGCUGCGUGGGAGGCUGGAGCAGCGUUUGCCAGUCAUAAGACGAGGACCAGCGCGCUUCCUGAAAGUCGCAGCGCUGGGAAAGGAGCCGUUCCACGGAGCGAGGAUGCUACCCACGCGUCCCGGGAGGGGUUUGGUGGGACGGGAGGGUCUCCCGGGGGCUUUGCUGCUCCUCCUGCUGUUCCUGAGUGCGGGACGCGGAGACACCGGCGGUGCCAAGAAAGCCAACAUCGUUCUCAUCCUGACCGACGACCAGGAUCUGGUGCUGGGGGGAAUGGGCCCGAUGAAGAAGACCCAAGUUCUGAUGGGUCACUUUGGAGCUACCUUUGCUAAUGCAUUUGCAGUGACCCCACUGUGUUGUCCUAGCCGGAGCAGCAUCCUGACAGGCUUGUAUCCCCACAACCACUUGGUGAGGAAUAAUUCCUUGGAAGGGAAUUGCAGCAAUGCUGCCUGGCAGAAAUUCCAGGAGCCCUUAACCUACCCGGUUUACCUGCAGAAGCAAGGGUACCAGACUUUCUACGCUGGCAAAUACCUCAAUCAGUACGGGCACCCCCAAGCCGGCGGCGUUCAGCACGUUCCCAUGGGAUGGACAUAUUGGCUAGGUCUGGUGGGCAAUUCCAAGUACUACAACUACACCCUUUCACUGAACGGACACGAAGAGAAACACGGGGACCACUACGAAGCGGACUACCUCACGGAUCUGCUCACCAACCGGAGCCUGGAGUUCCUACGGAAGCUUUUGCGCCCUCCCUUCCUCAUGGUGUUAGCUCCACCUGCUGCACACUCGCCCUGGACGGCGGCUCCUCACUACAAGUCCACCUACAGUACCCUCAAAGCCCCUCGCAAUGGCAGCUUCAAUGUGCACGGGAAGGACAAGCACUGGCUGAUAAAACAAGCGAAGACACCAAUGUCCAACAGCUCCAUUCAGUUCUUGGAUCACGUUUAUAGAGCCCGGUGGCAAACUCUGCUGUCAGUAGAUGAUAUGGUACAGAAAGUGCUGGAUCAGCUGAAGUCCCUGAAAUUGCUGGACAGCACAUAUGUGUUUUAUACCUCAGAUCAUGGUUACCACACAGGACAAUUCUCGCUGCCCGUUGACAAACGUCAACUUUACGAGUUUGAUAUCCGGGUGCCGUUGCUGGUACGAGGCCCAGGUGUUAAAGGAAAUAAAACAUACCUGGAACCCAUCCUGAAUAUUGACCUGGCACCCACUUUCUUGGACAUUGCAGGAGUCAACGCUUCUCAGACCAACAUGGAUGGAGUCUCCUUCCUGCCCCUCUUGGUGAACAAGGUACAGAAAUCUGCAUGGCGGUCAGAUUUCCUGGUGCAAUAUACUGGAGAAGGCUACACAACCAGGGACCCCAAGUGUCCGAAAUUGGGACCCGGAGUGUCCCAAUGUUUCCCUGACUGCGUGUGUGAAGAUGCCUUCAACAACACGUACGCCUGCGUGCGCACUCUGAGUGCUGCGAACAUGCAAUACUGUGAAUUUGCCGACAAAGAGAAUUUUGUGGAAGUCUACAACCUAACGGCAGACCCACACCAGCUUUCCAAUAUAGCCAAGAGUGUCGACCCUUCGCUGCUCGUGCAGAUGAACCAGAAGCUGAUAAAAUUGCAAGCUUGUUCCGGCGCUGGCUGCCGUUCUUGAGGGUUGGAACAUUUUGGCUGGGACCAAGAACCCAAGACCCCUCUCCCUUUCCUCGCCAUUUCCUGGCCUGGUUUCCUCCUGUCUCCAAACCGAAGUGCAUGUGAUGCUGCCUUUUAAUUUAGGAUGGCUCAGUCUUUAAUCCCAAAUUUGGAUUAAAUUUGCUGUGCUGGAGUAGGGUCGGGGUAGAGCAGAAGGGAAAAUAUGGGUGAGGAGCAAAGCUUCUCACCCAAGGGUGUCCAACCUCGGCAACUUUUUAAGACUUGUGGACUUCGACUCCCAGAAUUCUGGGGGAUUCUGGGAGUUGAAGUCCACAAGUCUAAUAGGUUGUACCCCCCUGGCGGUAACAACUCUAAAAUACACCCUAUGGAAUUCUAGUGCCUUAUAUUUCCCUUCAUUGCUCACCUUGUCUCAUCUGUUGGCCAGGUAGUGGCCAAUGAGGUCUCACUUCAGAGUGAAGAAUAUGUCUGGCCCAGUCAGUGCUGACCUUCUCAGUCUGGAGCUUUCCAAAUGUUCUUGGACUACAGCAUCCUGCAGCAACUGUCACCUUUGGGACGACGUAUCCCACCUUGCACUGCUCUAGUUGGGUGAGGGAUGGGGAGGAUUCUUUCCGUUUGGUCGUUGAUGAACACAGCAUGAAGUAACCUGGGAUGGUUUACCUCCAUGGUCAUCUCCUUCCUUUCUUGUGCUGGCUGAAAUCCUGGAGGCUCGGCAUAUCCCCGCAGUGAUCAUUGUGCCUGGUUUGACUUCUCUGACCAGGUCCUUUUGUGUAGUCCGUGGUUGUUACUGCAGUUGCUAUCUUCAUACUGUGAAAAAAAAUAAAAAUGGAAUAAAGCAUUUUUUUAAAAAUUAGAAAAA